AUGAGCCACACAGAUCAUGGAAUCUUUCUAGAUUUCUUAUCUCUAUUCACCACAAGCACACUUCUUAGAGUUUCAGUUGGGCUUGUGACAGCAUACAUUCUUAGAGGCUUGUAUGUUGGCAGGCAUUCAAGUGCCAGAGAAAUUGCUUUGAUGGUUCUUGCAGCAUAUUUGUCCUACAUGUUGGUAGAGCUAUUUGAACUCAGUGGGAUUCUAACAGUCGUCUUUGUUGGGGUUUUGAUGUCUCACUAUUCAUGGCAUAAUGUGACUGAAAGCUCAAGAAACUUGAAAGCACAAGUUACCCCCUUCAGGAAACAGAUUGUUCAUCUGAAACCCUUAAAACAUGUUAGUCUAUUAUGA